AUGUUCCAACCGGUGGGAAUCAAGAAACUCACCAACGUCGCCGUGGUGCGACACAAAACUCACGGCUCGCGGUUCGAGAUCGCGUGUUACAAAAACACCGUCCUGAGCUACCGACGAGGGCACGAGAAGGAUUUGGACAACGUCCUGCAGUCGAGCGAGGUGUACGUGAACGUGAGCAAGGGCGUCGUGGCGAGGGACGAGGAGCUGGUCAGGGCGUACGGGACGACGGAUCGGGGGAAGAUAUGCGAGAUCAUCCUCGCCAAGGGAGAGCUGCAGGUGAGCGAAAGGGAGAGGAAAGCGGAGAGCGAGAGCGCGUUUCGGGACGCGGUGACGACGCUGGUGGAAAAGUGCGUGAAUCCGGGGACGAACAGACCGUAUCCACCGGGAAUGAUCGAAAGUGCGCUGAGAGACAUACACUUUUCGGUCGAUCCCAAGCGAAGCGCCAAGCAACAAGCGUUGGAAGCGCUGCCAAAGCUGCAAGAAAUAUUUCCAAUAAAGCGCGCGGAGAUGCGCUUCGCCGCCGUCGUGCCGAGCGCAAAGGAGGAAAGUUUGAUGGCGUUCGUGCGAGAAAAUAGCGGGAAAGUAGAAACCAACGACUUGAGCGCGAGCGAGGCGAGCGUGACGUUUACCAUGGAUCCGUCGACGUACCGAGCGUUGGACAAACUCGUCAAGGAGUGUAAAGGUCGAUUGGAAGUCGUCACGCUCGCG